AUGAGAUUGGCUAUACCCGGGAACGAUGGCGCAUUUGACCAGGAAAGUCGAAAGGCUGUGGAGCCGAUUGAGAUAGAGACAUGGUUCCACAUCGUGAGCAGUAAGGCGAAUGCUGAUGUGGUAUCGGACGGAAUGAUUACCACCCAGUUGUCGUAUCUCCAAGACGCAUAUCAAAACGCGACGAUAAGUUACCGCCUGAGGGGAGUGACCCGUCAAACCAAUGACAGGUGGGCUCGCAAUGAAGACGAACGUGGCAUGAAGGAAGCGCUUCGUAAAGGAAGCUAUAGAACCCUGAAUGUCUACUUCCAAACCGAUCUCCAAGUUUCGACAAAUUCUGAGUCUCAAGGACGCCACCUUGACUUUCUAGCCCAAUCAUCAUCUAGUGUUCUCGGCUUUUGCACUUUGCCCGACCCGAGCAUCAACGGUAGUAGUCCGCGUUCUAGCUAUGUGAAGGAUGGGUGCAAUGUACUUGCAAUGACUAUGCCUGGUGGGUCUUUGACUCAUUAUAACCGAGGCGGAACUGCUAUACAUGAAAUCGGGCACUGGAAUGGCCUCCUACAUACAUUCGAAGGGGAGUCAUGUUCUCCUGACAAUGAGGGCGAUUAUAUAGACGAUACACCUCAAGAAUCAGUUCCGACGGACGGAUGUCCUGCGCGCAAGGACUCAUGCCCGGAUAUUGCAGGUGUUGACCCGGUACAUAACUUCAUGGAUUAUUCGUCAGAUGAGUGUUACGAGCACUUCACUCCCGGCCAGGUCAAAAGGAUGCGAGACAUGUGGUUCGCAACGAGGGAUGGGAAGUAA